UUAUUUUGACAGUAAUCAAUCGAAGAGAACAGAACAUUUUAUUUUUUCACGGUAAUGUCGUCUUGUUAAGUUCUUAAAAAGAAAAUGAAUAGUUAAACUGUAAAAUGUCAAAUUAUCUAACAAAAUUAUUGAAAAAAGGUUACAACAGAUAUGAAGAAUCGUUUGAAAUAAUUUUUUUUGGCGACUUUAUAUUUUUUAGUGCGAUAAAUUGAAUUGAAAAAAACGAAAAAUUCCAAGGAGUGUUUUUUCUUAGUGGUGGUGUGAAGAGAAAGUGAUAUUCUAAGCCGGUAUUCUAAGCAAGCAUAGCAUUGAUUUUUGUCAUUGGAUUCAAGGUUGAAUUAAUAAUUUGCGUAUGUAAAUAUAAAUGAAAAAAUAGAAUAACAACAACAAAUUCAGUUAUGAGCUGCAAAAUGUAAACGAUUUGAAACUAGAACGAUUGAUUCGUGUUGUGACCUACUUAUUGAUUAUAUUAGUGUAUUGAUAACAAACUACAUUAUACGUAUUUAAUUAUAUUAAAUAAAUAUAAUGCAAUGUCGACCAAUGUAACAGAUUUGUAUUUGCGACCAUUGCCAUGCUUAGACUCGAAAUGGUUACGUGCUGAACUGAUUGCCAGCUUGCGUAAUGUGGAAGAUGCUGCUGUGCUAUGGAAUAAUUUAGUGCAAUAUUCCGAAUUGGUAUCUACACCAGCUGCUCCCAUUGUAAAUACUGCUGGUAACCUAUCCUAUUUGGGCGAUGAUGGCAAACAUUAUUGUGGAGCACAAAAACUGCAGUGUUCUUGCUGUCCAUCCGAUUAUUGUGGACCUUUAACGACCUGUAAUUGCUAUUCAUGCCAUUUAUUGGACUCUGAUUCAGCCAUUAAAAAAAUGACUACUGCAGCACAAAAUGCAGCAAUUAAUCGAAUUUCAUCAGAUGUGAUAUUUGAAUCUUGGCUAUGGGGUCAAUGUCCGACGAAUGCUGGCAAAAUAAAUUGCCAAAAGACUUUGUUGUCUGAACUGCAUGAUGUUGCUUUACAAUCAGCUAGCAAUUGCUUAUCACUGGUUCACAUUAAACAGCGUUUGUUUAUAUAUGAGCGUUAUUUUGUUGCUUUGGAGCGCAGCAGAAAACCAGAAAACCAAAAUUUAAACAAUCUGAAUGCAUCCACUGUGUCAAUGCCAAUGGAUAAAUGUAAAAUAAACGAAGAACAACGAGUAUUAAAUUUGAGUAAUAAUUGUAAUAAAGAGCGUAAUGGUUUAGUGUUUACAAAAUUUAAACAACAAUCCACGUUAGACAUGUGUUCACCCAUAAAGAAUACGGAACGCGCUACUUUAGGUUUAGCACGUGUAGGUACACGAGCUGCAUUGAAUUUUUCAUUUGCAUUCCUAAGACGUGCAUGGCGUUCCGGUGAAGAUACAGAAAUUUGUAGUGAACUAUUAACUGAAGCCUUAGAAUCAUUACAGGACCUACCUGAAGCAUCAUUAUUUGAGUCUUCUCAGAUUUCUUCGCUUUGGAUUGAAGUGCUUGAACGUUCCAUUAAGUUUCUACGGCAAGUGGUUGUUGGCGAUCAAAUAGGUAAUCGCUUUGCCGCGCCGCGUGAAGAUCGACACACUGCAUUAAGUUUACUACUAGAAUUAGCAGUUCAAAAAGGUAAUCUAACUGCAUCACUUGAAGCUAUUAUAUUAUUACUGCAGCUGUGGGAAAAAGAAAAGGAUACAGAUGAUAAUCGUGAUAUACCGCGAAAUAUAGGAGCACCUUUAAUGCCUAUUCUAAAACGCUAUGCAAAUCUUUACACUACUAAUGCUAGCGCAGUCAUUGAAGUGGAAGCAGCUAGCACUACGGAAUGUUUUUUACAAUUUCUAGUUUUACCUGAAGAGGAUACGGGUAAAGUUGAUCUCCGUAAAGCAGCCGUUGUAAUAAUAUCACAUCUAGAUAGAAUAGCAAAAGCUUACAUACCAACGGGUAUAGUAUUACAAGGCAAUACGAUACCUACAAAACACAACAACACAAAAGCAACGUUAUGUACACAGAACUCUCAGGAAAGCAUGCGUGAUAAUUCGACCGCAACAGAAUCUGCACCCACACCUCAACUACAUGAACAGCGUAUCUACGCGCUUGGUUGGCCAACUCUAAGUAAUGAACAAUACGGUUUCACAGCUGAACCAGCUGUGGGCUUACCAACAACAAGUGCUACAACACCUGCCGUGCAGUACUCUGCACCAGUACUGAAUUUUUAUUUUCAAGUGAAACAAGUUGUGAUGUCUGAAAAUUAUGUUGUAUUUUUAACACAAGAAGGUAACGUUUAUACGUGGCGUAUACUUAAGCCUGAAUCUGAACCGAUGAUAGUUGAUGAAUUUUCGGAGGUGCAUAUAGUUUCGAUAGCAGCACAUUGUGAAGGCAGGCACUACAUGGCUGUGGAUAAUUUAGGUAAUGCAUAUUCUUGGGGUUGUGGAGAUGAUGGCCGUUUAGGUCACGGAGACUUAGUGGCGCGUGAAGCACCAACUAAAAUACCAUGCUUUGAGCAGAAUGUUAAAUCUGUGCAUUGCGGUUCAACGUAUAGUGCAGUGAUCACAGUUAAUGGUACGCUGUAUACAUGGGGACAAGGUUCAUAUGGCCGCUUAGGUCAUGAUAGCACAGAUGAUAAGCUAACGCCCACAGUUGUAACUGCGUUACGUAACGAAAAAGUUAUCGAUGUUGCUUUAGGUGGUUUGGAUUCUCAUACAUUGUGUGUGACAUUUGAAGGAUUGUUAUAUGCUUGGGGAGAUGGAGAUUUUGGUAAGCUCGGUACUGGUACAGGUAACGGAUCUCAAGUUCCAAUGAUUGUUGAAAAUCUGCCACGUAUUAAGCGUGCAUAUGUUGGGUCGCAGUUUUCGUUGGCUAUAAGUUAUGAUGGCAAACUUUUUUCGUGGGGUAACGUGCAUGGCGGACGCUUAGGGCAUGCAAUGUCUGAUAAAAAAUUAAAUAGUGUAAAUGCGCCUAAAAUUAUAACUAAACUGCAGAAUAAAAUUAUCACUGAUGUUGCUGUGGGAGUAUCACAUUGUUUGGCAGUUACCAAUAACGGUGAAGUAUAUGGUUGGGGUCGUAAUGAUCAUCAACAAAUAUGUCCAACAUCUAUAAGUACAGAACCAAUCCUGCGUGAACCUAUACUUGUGACUCAUCCGUCCAUGCGUGCUCACAGCAUUGCUUGUGGCAGUGCACAGAGUAUUAUAUGGAGUCAAACAUCAGUACAGGGUAUACCAACUAGAGUUCCGUUUGUUAUUGAUUUGAGUGAACAAACCUUCCGGCUGUUAGAACAAUUAUUAAGUAUUGUAUGCGGGUUAGAUACGAAUAAUAGGCUAACACCCAAUGAAGAAACUGAAUGCAUAGCAGUUGCAUCACUAAAUUUAAUACGUCUCCAAAUGCAUGCGUUACUUGCUAAUGGUGUAGCGCCAAGGACAGUUGGCCUGUCAGAAGGAUCUCGUUUACUUAUAAGUUUAAAAACACGUUUACUUAAUCUUGCAGGCGGUUCAAAUAUAUUAAUACCAAUUCAGGAAGCAGCACAGCAAGCUUUACAGGUUGGUUGGAGUGUACUUUUGCCUACCGCAGCAGAACGUGCUAAAACUUUAACUUCACUGCUACCUUCAGAACCAGGAUCUUCAUCUUCUGGUCAUAGGUUUAUGACUGAUUUACUUGUUGGUUCUUUAAUGGCCGAGGGUGGCUUGGAAACUGCUCUUAACAAUGCGAUAAACUCAGAUUCUAAUGAUAGUGCCAGUAAUAGCCACAAUUUACCAUUGCUACAUCUGAUUAAGCAGUUGCUGCGCAACAAUUCUGCCCAGACACAAGCUAGACUAACACAGUUACUAAUUAAUUGCGGAGCGAUCAAAAACAAAGAAGACAAUGUUUUUAACUCGCAGUCAAACUCUAAUCUAUGCGAACAAUCGCCUAGUUUAGAUUUAUUACAUCGUUAUCAGCGGCUGCUAUUGUCUUAUAUACAUCAAACGAACAAAGAGGAUCUCGUUGGGGCAGAAGCCUUGCUUAGCAAAUACAUACAAUGCACAGUAUCACUGUGCGUCUUUUCGCUGCAGAAAGCACAUGAAACAGCACAGCAGAGUAAAAACGGAGUUGAAGUUAUAAUGAGUACUGAUAUUUCAGAUACGCUUCUGUAUGAACUGCUAAUCGGUCUAAUUUUAAUUAAACGUGACAAACCUGCAUUUUUACCUGGUUUUGAAUGGAAUAGAAUAUUCUUGCCAUUAUUACUCUCGUUAGACAAUUUCAAUCGGCUUUUAGGUGACUGUGAAAUUCAAGAUGCUGAUGAUAUGGGCUGGCCAGGUAUUAUAUGUCGUGGCAAUCAGAAGCAGUAUUCUGCCAUGCAGGAAGAUAUUAACCUGAUACGUAAAGUUGAUCUCGAAAACCAUAUUUUAGAUGGUGGUAAAUGGAUAAUAUUAAAUGAUUUUGUCUGUGACAUAAAUGAUUACAAAAGCGAUUGCACAGUUAUAGACGAAUUUCUUUUAGCAAGUAUUGGAAAAGAUCUCACUAAAGAAUUAAAUUCCUCAAUGUAUCGCAACAAUUUAGAAUACAUUUUGAAUAAUUUUAAAAUUGGUCGUUAUGCACCGAGCAUUAUGGAUGAAAAGCCACAAAUACAAUACAACAAAGCGUUGACUCAUUUCAAUUCGGAACGUGCAUUGGCAUUUCUACUCGGCGUUGUUGCUAAUUUACUUCAAGUAGGCCCACCAUUGCAACCAGCUGAGCUGCAGUGCAAAAAUACAAUUCAGACAAGUAUUUUAAGUGGUGGUCUGCAAGUGCUACAGCCAAGUAACCCAUUCGAUGAGGAAAAGGGCGAAGCUAGAAGUAGUGCAAGUACAGCAGGAAGCACACCGACAGAACCUCCAGCACACAUUUUGCCAUUGAGCAACACGACUUCCUCAGCUAGUAAUAACAUACAACAACGUAUCGAUAGCUUUAUAAGUGCUUUGGGUGAAGCACGUUUAACAGAUCCAUUUGUCGUAACAUGGUUGACACUGAUAGAACGUUACUGUAAAGAGAAUAACUUAAUAUGGCAUCAGGACUUUCAACCUGAACAUCCAGUUCAAGAAUUGGAGCGUUUAUUAACAGCAGUAUUAAUAAGACAUCAGAGCUUGGGAGGUAUAGUGUUAAAUGUAUUAGAGAGGGAACUAGCUGGUGUGUCAACAUCAAAACUACCAAAGCAAGUAUGUGAAAUGAUACGCCUCGUUUACCAGACCAAAUGGUCUGUGGUGCGUAUACGUCAGCAAUUAAAUCGUAGCUAUAAAGAAGUUUGUGCGUCGAUGUUAGAUCGUUUGAGAUUUUUGUUCUAUGAAGUGCGUCCUGUUGUGAGUUUAGAGCAGGAAGGUUUCAAUAAAUUAUCAAUUUUACAUAAAGAAGCACGAUUUAAGCUCUUCGUGAAAAAAAUUAUAGUCGAUAUGAGAGCAGCUAAGAAGCAAUUGGCUUGUGGAAAACCUGAAGAUAUACUCAAUGUAACAAUACAAAGUCAAAAUUUGGCACAUAAAAUAAAUCAAUCACAGGAAUCGCUCUUGCAAAGCUCCUUGCAUAUAGAAAAUAGUGAAAAAUGUAAUAUAAAUACGGAAAAUGUUGCUGUUGCACUUGCGCAAUCAUUGAGAAAUAAUGCAUCCAAUGAGAAUCUCUUCGAUGCAUGUUACAAUUCCAUUAACUCUGCGGAACGUAAAUGUUCUAAUGAAGAUAUUAAGUUGCAAACACAUGACUUCGAGUUUGAAGAUAAAAAACCAGAGCCAGAACCGCAGUUGAAUAACACAUUUUUGCGUAAAAUAACCGAAAAGUGGUACUUCUCCGGAGAACUCAACAUAGUUUUAAUGAACGAGAUCGUUGAAUUUGUCAUGCAGGAGGUUUGUGAUGUUGAGACAGUUAGAAGAGCGAUGUAUUGUCAAGUUCAACGUUAUCAAUCACGUCGGCAGGGCUUGGAUAUGUUCUACGAUUUACUACAGGUACGCGGAUUGUUGGAUGCUGUGCUAUAUAACAUGCUAAGUGGCUAUUUAGGUUUGCAUUUGAAGAAUAAUAAAAAAACAAUUGCGUAUGUGCUUGAAGACUUAAACGCCAUAACCGCAUUUCAAAAAGCUAGUGUUGUCUUGUCCCAAUCACGUAUACUUGAAUGUGUCAUUAAAGAAUUCCAACGCUUAGUUAAUCAAGAUCAAAUACAAAUGAAGGGCAAGCAACAUGCAGGAAGCGGCAAAGAUAAUUCAAAUUUAGGCACAUAUGUGUUCCUGAAAAAAUUACCAAGAGCACGCUUUCUUUUAAGUAUUUUUGGUAUAUUAGCGAAGGAUAUGGGCCCAAAUGAAGUUAGUUUACUUGUGAACUCCGGCGUUUUGGGUACUGUUUUAGGGCUGCUUAGUCAAACUGGUGCUGAUAUACCGGCUGUAAAAAACACCUAUGAGCUGUCCGUCGUUUAUGAGGAUGUGAUAUUAAAGCAGAAAUCUAGUAGAUCCAAUUUAAGUGGACCAGAGUUAGCUAAACUUAUGAAAAUUGGUACACGCAUAGUGCGUGGUACUGAUUGGAAGUGGGGUGAUCAAGAUGGUAACCCACCAGGAGAGGGUCGAAUUAUAAGUGAAGUAGGAGAAGAUGGGUGGGUCCGUGUAGAAUGGUAUACAGGGGCAACAAAUUCCUACCGUAUGGGUAAGGAGGGACAAUACGAUUUACGGCUUGCUGAGAGUGCUUUAAAUAUAAUUUCACCUGAUACUGAAACAGAGAAGGAUGAAUUGUGCUGCGAUUCACAACUUAGUUGCGAAUCUCAUCCCACAAAACUUUUGAGAUAUGGUUGCACAAAAUUCUUGCAAAUAUUAUCUGUUGGUGUGGGUGUUCAUAGCGAAAAAAUGGAUAAAGAAGCAGUCCGUGGUAUAUCAUCUAUGUUCCGUGCCAUACUUGAUCCUAAAUCCUCCACUGUUAACAUAUGUGGCUUAGACAAUUGGACAACAUUAGGAUUUUUAAGAGCUAUUUCAGGAGACUCAAAACUACUUUCGAAAUACCUAACAACAUCUAUGUGGGUUAAUUUCUAUAUAUCACUUCUUGAGCAUUCUCCGAAACGGGAACAAGAUGUGUUUCGUAAAAUUCAUUGCUUACGUUUAUUACAAACAAAUUUGAUACACUGGAGUGAUGACAAUGACAUAGAACGUAUGACACUUUUGGUACGAAAAUUGUUCUACACACUAGGGAAAAUUACACUCUGUUGUCCAAACGAUAUUUCAUUGUUACAAAAUACGAAUGAAAGUAAGCCUCGCGUACUUUUAACCGCCGCACAUUCAGGAACAGUAUCUGAAGAUAUAAUCACUUUACUACGAAAAUUACAUAUCCUACCCUAUUGGAAUGCAGCAAUUAAUUCCUUUUUAUCUCAAAAAUUAUGUGUUGCAGCAGAUUUGUUUGGAGAAGAUAGUUUGGAUUUACAGCAUUUAGAAAAUGAAUACAUAUUCGUAAUGGGUGUUCUGAACACAAUUGGUGGUUGUGAUAUACGACCUCGUGUUGGCCUACAAGUUUGCUACGAAGGCAGCAUUGCAACCAUUUGUGGAUUUACAAGUAAAGGCAAAUGCUUGCUAAGCACCGAUAGCCAAGUAUUAAAUGGAGAAUUUCGUAAAAUCUCACUAAGUCAAGCAUUCGACUGUGCUGAUUAUUCAGUAUUUAGUUUAUCCCGUCUACCAAUGAAUGAGAUGCUAUUAAAUGCUUGGUCGGUUUUACUUUUUGGACCAGGUGAACGCAAAGACUCCAUUCCAUAUUCCACCGAUAUUUGCUUACUACGCUCACAACAAAUUCAGCUUUCAGUUUUGAACUCAAACUGUGUUUUGUACCGUCACCAAGCUUCAUUGCGAAAAAUCCUCAAACAAAGGUCUCCUGGGCUAUGUUCAUACUCGUCGGAAGAAAGCAUAUCUGAGGAAGAAGGUGAAGAAAGUCAAGUAAAAAGUGUGAACAGCGCAACGGCGCAAGCAGAAGUAACAUCAAUAGAUACGGAAGAAUCUAAUAUGCAAAGUGUUAAUGAGAGUGAGUUGUUAGUUCAAACCAUAUUAAUACGAGCAACACAACCAUCGCCGGUAAAGUCAGUAUAUACUUACGCUGAACUCGCAACAGCUGCACUUAACUGUACCCAGAUUUUAGCUUCACAGUUACACUCUGAAACGGAGACAAAUAUAUGUCCAACCAGUUUUUCCGCGCAACAACAGUCUAUGCAGGCUACAAUGGUACAUGGUGAGCCGAUUUAUAAUGUUUAUUUGCCAAAUGAUAAAACUGUUAAGCCGGAUGUUACAAAUACAACUAAGGAAACGAAGCCUGUAGCAAUAUCACAAUUAGUCUCAAAAAUUACUGAGAUGGGCUUUUCAAAACAGGCAGUAGAAAUGAGCGUAAAAAAUAUGACCUUACACACUGAAAUACUACCAAAUCCUGAACAAGUUAUACAAUGGAUACUUGAACAUCCUGAUGUUUGCGCAAAUGUCUUGGAUUUGCCAGAUUAUAAAGAAAGUAACCUCAAUACCAGUUUCAGUGACUCAUCUUUGCCAGGUAAAGCGCGCAUCUUACAUGAUUCUGAGGCCGACUCAGAUAAUGACAGCAUAGAUACGAAUUCAGAUACAGUUGGAGGCACCUCUUUGCAGGAGCAAUCAGUUAAGUUUGAAACGCGUGCUGAUAUACAAUCUGCUGAUCAGUAUGCACAAUAUGUUCGUAGUCUAGUCUGUCCGGGCAUGACAGUGCGUUGCUGUCGAGAUUUUGAAGAAAUUAAGAAAGGUGAUAUUGGUACGGUUUUGAAGGUUGAUACAGAGGGUCUACAUGAUUUGAAUGUGCAGGUGGAUUGGCAAAUGCACGGCAAUACAUAUUGGGUAUGUUUCGUACAUAUUGAAUUGCUAGAAAUGCCACGGGUAAAGCAAACAAGCGACCGAAAUCGAAAUAUUGCAAUUGGAGCCCAAGUACGCUUUCGUCCGUCUUCAAGGUGUAGGUAUAAUAAUGUCAUUCGUGGUAGCGUUGGUACAGUAAUAGCAGUGAAUGGCAAAGAUGUCAUAGCAGAUUUUCCACAAUGUUCCACUGUAAGAGCUGCUAUAAACGACAUAGAAAUAGUUAGUAUAGCUGCCAAAACACGUAAUUCUAGCUUGGCUACAGCAAUUAACGAUCUCAUAGACGAUUGGUCUCGUUGCAUACGCACCUUGACAGUUUCAUCCAAUGAAUCAAGUGCAAAAAAUUUGUUAGAACGUGGUUCGGGAUAUUGGCAAAGUUCAUCGAGUAGUCAAGGGAAACACUGGAUACGAUUAGAAAUGCACGAAAAUGUACUGAUCCAUUGUCUGUCACUUGUUGUAAAUCCAGGUGACCAUUCUCAUAUGCCUUCCUUGGUGGUGACACGAGUCGGCGAAAAUGUAGGGAACUUAAAAGAUUUUAGUUGGAUAUCAAUAAAAAAUAGCGAUACAAAUGUAGUUUUAAUGAGCGAUGUCCGUGAUUACUACCCAUACAUUGAAAUAGUUAUAAAGCAAUGCCGUAAUAAUGGUAUACAAUGCAAAGUUCAUGGUAUUAAUUUGAUUGGACGUAAAAAACAAACUGAUUUGGACUUAAUGUUGAUGAGCGCUUCAUUCCUAGCCUGCGAAUAUGACAAUAUUAAUGAUUCAAAUCAGAAUUUAAAUUCCACUAAUUAUACUGAAUCGAAGAUGCCUUUAGGUGAGCCGCCCUCUACAAUAAUGGUAUGGGGAUUGAAUGACAAAGAACAACUUGGCGGACUGAAAGGUUCAAAAGUGAAGGUACCUACAUUUUCUCAAACAAUUAGUCGAGUGCGUCCCAUACACAUAGCUGGAGGUUCUAAGUCGCUCUUUAUUGUGACACAUGAUGGAAAAGUAUUCGCUUGCGGUGAGGGUACAAAUGGACGUUUGGGAUUGGGAAAGUGUGUUAACGUUUCCAUACCAAGACAAGUCCCAGUAUUGCAUAGGUAUGUAGUAAAAAAGGUAGCCGUACAUUCAGGAGGAAAACAUGCAUUAGCCCUGACUUUAGAUGGGAAAGUGUUCUCAUGGGGUGAAGGCGAAGAUGGGAAAUUAGGACAUGGUAAUCGUUUAACAUUGGACAAACCUAAAAUGAUUGAAUCUUUACGUCCCAAAAAAAUUCGUGAUAUUGCUUGCGGAUCCUCUCACAGCGCAGCAAUAACAUCGGCAGGAGAGCUGUACACUUGGGGUUUAGGUGAAUAUGGUCGUCUUGGUCAUGGAGACAGCGUAACACAAUUAAGACCGAAAUUAGUAUUGGCAUUACUUGGUAAACGUGUGAUUCAAGUUGCUUGUGGAAGUCGGGAUGCUCAAACCUUAGCAUUAACAGAAGAUGGUGCAGUUUACUCGUGGGGUGAUGGUGAUUUUGGCAAACUUGGACGUGGCGGUUCAGAGGGUUCUGUGGUACCACAUGAAGUUGACCGUCUAACUGGUAUUGGAGUAAUACAAAUUGAAUGUGGCGCACAGUUUAGCUUGGCUUUGACCCGUACUGGUGAGGUUUGGACUUGGGGUAAAGGUGAUUAUUAUCGAUUAGGUCAUGGAAGUGAUCAACAUAUACGAAAACCACAACCAAUUCAAGGCUUACGUGGUCGUAAAGUUAUACAUGUGGCUGUUGGCGCUUUGCAUUGCCUUGCGGUAACAGAUACCGGCCAAGUAUAUGCUUGGGGUGAUAACGAUCAUGGACAACAAGGAUCAGGUAACACAAUCGUUAAUAAAAAACCUGCUCUAGUGAUUGGGUUGGAUGCUGUAUUUGUGAAUCGUGUUGCUUGUGGCAGUUCGCACUCAAUUGCUUGGGGUUUACCACAACUACCUUCAGAGGAUGAGAAGAGAGGUCCAGUACCAUUUAAUACUACCAAAGAUCCCUUAGGAGGGAAUAGUUUAGGAAUUUAUGAUUCCGACUCAGACAGUAUAUCCUGCUAUUCUUACAAAGAAUUGAAUAAAACAAGUCUUAGUGAAACAUUGUUAUCAUUAGAAACAAAUGGAGCUCGUCAGACGGCGUUAAACUAUGUACUUAAUGCUAUGAGCAUUUUGCAAGCAAGGCAGCUUAUGAUUGCAGCACUUACAAGUCAUAGCAAAAUAAAUUUAAAUGAGAAAUCCCCACUCGAAAUGGAGGCACAGGAAACAAAAAAUUUUUUGUUUAAUGAAACAACGAACACAGUUGCGCCAAAUACGAAUGAAGUAAUCGAACAAGGUGGAGGUGAAGCUCCAGCAGAUGUUACUGAUCCAGCAGUUCACGAACCAUCUCCAGAAGUUGAUAUAAUAGCAGCACCUGCUGGACCUUUAAGUGCGUUUCAAAGCUUGACAGGCUCACUUUCCUUGUCGGCAUCGAUGUCAAGCAAUGCUCCACUUAAACACUCAAAAAUGUCUCAUAGUGCCAUGUCAGUUAUAGCAGCUACCGUGACUAAUCAAGAAGAAAUAAUUGAAGAAGCCGCGCUUACGGGAUUAGAUGAUUUUACUUCAUUACUUGGUGAAGCUGAAGCAAAGGGUCUUAUUGAGUUAUUAAAAUUAAGUGUAGCUGGUCGUACAGGGUCCGCGAGUACUUCGCAAACAAUCGCGGAAACAUUAAUUGCCCUAGGAACUAAUUCGCCAUCUAUAGGCGCAAUGUUACUUGAAACCUGCAUCACAGAACUUGAAGACCAAUGUACAUCACGGCACUGUUUUGGUAACAUACCAAAACCCAUUAUGCAAGAAAGUAGUCAUCCAUAUUCUGACAAUGUAUCUAUUUCCGGACAAGUAAAAAUUCCAGGCGCUGAAGCUUUACGUUUAGAGUUCGAUAGCCAAUGUUCUUCAGAAAAGCGAAAUGAUCCCUUAGUAAUUAUGGAUGGUACUGGUCGUGUUAUUGCUAUGCGUUCAGGCCGUGAAAUUACACAAUGGGCAGCAGAAAUUCGAAUACCUGGUGAUGAAAUGCGUUGGAAGUUUUCAUCUGACAGUUCGGUGAAUGGUUGGGGUUUCCGUUUUUGGGUACAUGCUAUUAUGCCGCCAUCUGCUUUAAGUGAACGUGGUUCAGAUCGUGCAGUCCUCUCACAACCGUCUAUGCCAUUAGUGAUGGCUUUGUUAAAUGAACGUUUAGGACCGCAUAAUGUAAGUGUACUAUUGCGUUUAGCAGCUGCAUUGGCAGCAUGUGCUCAAUUAAGCUCCCUUACAACCAGUCAACGAAUAUGGUCUCUAAAAAAGUUACAUGCAGUGUUACUUUCAAAAUAUGCACCGAAACCUUUGGAUGCAAAUCUAAAUCCGAUAUUAAUGCCUCUGAUACCAGAGCUAUUGCGACAAUAUGAAUAUGAAGAACCACAGGUGCGUGGUGGUAUACAUUUAAUGCACUCCGACUAUUUUAAAACUUUGGCAGCACUUGCUUGUGACAUGCUGUUAGAUUCUGUCCUACCUUCAACAGAUGUACAUAAAUGGGCGUGGUUUAAACGUUAUUGUAUAGCUGUACGCGUGGCACAAUCUCUUAUAAAACGAACGCCUCUACCGAAACUAUUUUGUUUGGAAGUACGAAAGAAAAUUACUGAAAUGUUACCUUCGCAUCAGAGUCCUUCGCCUGUGCCUUGUUGCUCGAUGUUGACCUCAACAAACUCUCUAGCUUCAUCAACUACUAGUACCACAACGACAACAAGUAACCCUACGCCACCACCGCAUUCAAUAUGUAAUCAACAGAGCGGUACGACUACUGUAAAUACAACAACUACAAACACGAAUAAUCUUGUACAAUACAUCGAUAGUGUUAUGUCUAUGUCAAUACAUGAAAGUCCAAGUGGCGUUUCACUGUUUCCGAACAGCAACAUGGAAAAUAUAGAUUUAAUUCAUGAAGAUCAUACACUUUUCAAGGCGGAUCACGAUAAUCAAUUAUUGCAGUGGCUUAAUCGACGUCCUGAUGAUUGGGCACUUUCAUGGGGAGGUGCUAGUACCAUUUAUGGUUGGGGCCAUAAUCACCGAGGACAGUUAGGUGGUCUUGAAGGCAGUCGUAUAAAAAUUCCUACCCCCUGUGAAGCUCUUAGUUUACUACGUCCUAUACAAUUAGCUGGUGGUGAACAAACUUUAUUUGCUGUUACACCUGAUGGCAAACUAUUUGCUACAGGCUACGGUUCCGGCGGCAGGUUAGGAGUUGGUGGUACAGACUCUUGGGCUAUACCUACAUUAAUCGGUUCUCUGCAACAUGUUUUUGUUAAAAAAGUUGCCGUUAAUUCUGGUGGAAAACAUUGUCUUGCACUAACUACGGAUGGUGAAGUAUACUCAUGGGGUGAAGGUGAAGAUGGUAAACUUGGACAUGGCAGCCGAAUGAGUUAUGAUCGCCCUAAAUUGAUCGAUGAGUUAUCAGGUUGUGGAAUUAUAGAUAUAGCAUGUGGUAGCGCACAUUCAGCAGCGAUAACAUCUGUAGGUCAUGUAAUGACUUGGGGUAAAGGGCGUUACGGACGCUUAGGUCAUGGUGACUCGGAGGAUCAAUUAAGGCCAAAAAUAGUAGAAGCGCUGGUAGGUUACAGAGCUGUUGAUAUUGCUUGUGGGUCUGGAGAUGCACAAACCCUUUGCAUUACUGAUGAUGAUAAUGUAUGGAGUUGGGGUGAUGGAGACUAUGGAAAAUUAGGACGUGGUGGGUCGGAUGGUUGCAAAGUGCCGAGUAAAAUUGAAAGUCUAGCUGGAUUAGGUGUAAUUAAAGUAGAAUGUGGUUCACAAUUUUCUGUCGCUUUAACAAAAUCUGGAGCUGUUUAUACUUGGGGCAAGGGUGACUUUCAUCGUUUGGGUCAUGGUACUGUUGAUCAUGUACGGCGGCCUAAAAAAAUUUCAGCACUGCAGGGUAGAAAAAUUGUUUCGAUUGCAACAGGUUCUUUACACUGUGUGGCUUGUAGCGAUACUGGAGAAGUAUAUACGUGGGGAGAUAAUGAUGAAGGACAAUUAGGUGAUGGUACCGUUAGUGCUAUACAACGCCCACGUUUGGUAUCAGCGCUUCAAGGAAAACAUAUUGUAAAAGUAACUUGUGGCUCUGCGCAUACAUUGGCACUAUCUACUUCACAAUUAUCGGAUCGCAUACGCCCACCACCUAAUCCACCAGUUGAAUAUGAUCUUGUCCGCGAUCUACCGGCUGAAGCUUUACAUUCCCGUCUUGUAUUAUUGCAUCAUUUCUCCGAAUUGCUUUGUCCAUGCUUGGCAAUGUUACCUAUAUCAGGCGAAUUGAGCUUAGGUGCUCUAAAAGAUGUCCUUGUCUAUACAAUUAAAGAAGCAGCUUUUCGUAAGGUGAUACAAACAACAAUGGUACGGGACAAACAGCAUGGUCCAGUUAUUGAACUAAAUCGGAUACAAGUUAAGCGUUCACGGUCUAAAUCUAGUAAUGGUUUAGCUGGUGUAGAUGGAAUGAAAAGCGUUUUUGGACAAAUGGUGCUUAAACUGCCACUUUUUACACAAGAAGCGUUAUCAUUACCACAUCGAGUAUGGAAAGUUAAAUUCGUUGGUGAAAGUGUAGAUGAUUGUGGUGGUGGAUAUAGCGAAUCAAUAGCUGAAAUGUGUGAUGAAUUACAAAAUGGUAGUGUGCCAUUACUUAUUACUACACCUAAUGGACGAGGAGAGGCUGGUGCAAAUCGUGAUUGCUUUUUAUUGGAUCCUACAUUAACAUCGGUAUUACAAAUGAAUAUGUUCCGGUUUUUGGGAGUACUAAUGGGAAUAGCUGUGCGUACAGGUUCUCCUUUGAGUCUAAAUCUUGCUGAACCUGUUUGGCGUCAGUUAGCCGGUGAACAAUUACGUCCUUCUGAUCUUACUGAAGUUGAUCGUGACUAUAUUGCGGGGCUACUUUGUAUACGUAAUAUGGAUGAAGAUCCUAAAGUGUUAAACGCUUUGGAGUUACCUUUUGCAACUACAUCUGCUAAAGGACAUGAUGUACAUUUGUCAACACGUUAUACGCGUAUAACACCACAAAAUCGUCAUGAAUAUGUGCGUUUAGCGCUCAAUUUCCGUUUGCAUGAAUUUGAUGAGCACGUCAAAGCUGUUCGAGACGGCAUGUCUAAGGUGAUUCCAGUACCUUUGCUCUCCUUGUUUUCAGCGAGCGAACUGCAAGCAAUGGUUUGCGGUUCACCGGAUAUACCACUUGGUUUACUAAAAUCUGUAGCAACUUAUAAAGGAUUCGAGCCAGGUUCCUUGAUUGUUGUAUGGUUUUGGGAAGUUAUGGAAGAGUUCACCAAUCAGGAACGUUCGUUGUUUCUACGCUUUGUUUGGGGCCGUACACGUUUACCACGUACCAUUGCUGAUUUUCGUGGACGUGACUUUGUUCUACAAGUCUUAGAUAAAAACCCUCCAGAUCAUUUCCUACCAGAAAGUUACACCUGUUUCUUUUUAUUAAAAAUGCCUAGAUAUUCAUGCAAGGCAGUUUUAAUGGAAAAAUUAAAAUAUGCUAUACAUUUCUGCAAGAGUAUAGAUACCGAUGAGUAUGCGCGCGUUGCUAUGGGCGAUCCCACCGAAGCAACUGGUAGCGAAGAUAAUAGUGAUUUAGAAUCCGUUGCAAGUAAUUAGGAGUACACAAAAAAAGCACUAAUAAGCAAAUCGAAUACUCAAUAAGAAUCAAAACAAUUUCCCCUCAACACUACUAAUGUAAUUUGAUUGUGUGUAGUUGUUAUUCAUGCACAAUACUUUCAAUUAGCAAAAUGUGCACAACUUACGAUAUAUGAUGUCAAAGAAAAACCACGAAACCACGAAUUGAAAAUGAAAAACACUCAAGGUUUGCUUGAACAAGUUUUAGUUUAACAAAUGUAUAUUUUAGUAUAAUGAUCGCUUGUUUAUUUAAGUAAUAGUUUUUAUAUUUUUUUAAAAAAAAGCUUUUGAUUACAAUUUGGAAUUCCAUCAAAAUUUUAAGUUAUCUAAAAGAUGUUCCUGCUGCUCUGUGUAAUAUCUUAU